ACCCUAUUUGCUAAAACCUUCAAUGCUUACGACUUCCGAUCAUCAGUAGACGCCCUGAGAGGCUGAGACCAUCAUCAAUCUCCGACGACCAUCUAAAAUAUGUAAUCAUAUCCUCUUCCUGUCUUGCUACAAACGAUUGAUCUUUAGCGAUUUGAUGCAUUUCCUUCUCGUUGUGACUUGUUAAUUACAAUGUCCGCCGCUCGAGGCCUCAUUUGUCGCCUCCGCUCUCUUGCUAUAGGUCCCAGAACGUCUACUACAAUACCCACAACUCAAUUUAGACUAUUUAGUAAUGCGUCCUCAAUCGGUGGAAGUGAGAUCAUUGAGGAGAAGAAUCUCCGAAUUAUUGAAAGAAAUCCUCGAGUUAUGACUCCGAAUUCGAAGAGAACCGGCGUUAUUGCACUCAAAUGUGGAAUGACAGCAACGUGGGAUAAAUGGGGAGCCAGAGUUCCAAUUUCCGUUCUCUGGGUUGAUGAUAACAUCGUUUCUCAAGUCAAAACCGUUGAGAAAGAAGGAUUCUUUUCCCUGCAGAUUGGUUGUGGUCAGAAGAAAGAGAAGCAUUUAACGAAACCUGAAGUGGGUCACUUUAGAGCUCAGGGUGUUCCUAUGAAACGGAAGUUAAGAGAGUUUCCAGUGACUGAGGAUGGUCUUCUUCCUCUUGGAACUUCAAUAGGUGUUAGACAUUUUGUCCCUGGUCAAUAUGUGGACAUUGCUGGUAUUACAAGAGGGAAAGGUUUUCAGGGAUGUAUGAAAAGACAUAAUUUCAGUGGAAUGCCUGCAAGUCACGGUGCAUCGUUAUCUCAUAGAAGUGGUGGUUCAACUGGUCAGAGAGAUGCUCCUGGGAGGGUAUUUAAAGGGAGAAAGAUGCCUGGGCGCAUGGGUGGGAAACAACGGACAAUGAAGAACGUUUGGGUGUACAAAAUAGACCCGGCUAGGAACAUUAUGUGGGUUAGAGGCCAGGUUCCUGGUUCUGAAGGGAAUUUUGUAUUUAUUAAAGAUGCAGUUUACAAAAAACCAGAUACAUCCAUCCUUCCAUUUCCAACAUAUUUUGCUCCAGAAGAUGAGGAUGUAGAAGCUUUAGAACCUCUGAUUGCUGAUCUUGGAGAUUUGGAUCCAUUUAUGGCUGCUGAUUAAUUAAUACAACAAUAACCCUGGUUCUGUUUCAUGCUCUUCUAAUCCUUGUUUAAAGUUGGCUUAUGAGCUUUUUUCAUCGGAAUUCUUACAACAGAUGACACCGUUUUCUUUCUUCUUCUUUACAAUUUUAAAAAUGUCAACUUUUUAUUGAUAAUGGAAAGAAAGAUUGCAAGUAGGUGCCACUUUUUUCGAAAGAGUGUUCCUGAACUGCAGAUUUUCAUCUAGGGGAUUAUUGUUGUUGAGAUGGGGAAGUGCUGAAAUCUUGGAUGUUGUUGUUC